AGACGAUUCAGUAAAUUCAUAUAAGCAUAUCCAUCGUGAAAUGUUAAAAGCAGGAUCGUCGCCCAAAAGACAAAGCAAGAACAAUUAACAGAUACGCACAUACAACACAACCUCAUGAUGUCCAGAGUUCAGCAAUCAUUGAUGCGAAAAUGAAGUGGCUAUGAUCUUUGCAUACUGAUUUCACUGGCCAGUGUGAAUUGUCAAGGUAACUUUACCAUACCAACAGGAGAAAGCGUGGAUGUCAGAAUAGGCCCUGCAAUAGGGUCAAAAAUCCAUCCAAGUGAAAUUAUCCACGGAAUCUUGUCUCACUUGAGCGAAGGCCAUCAGUUGCUGGAGCCAGAGAAAAGUAACCCCCUCACCACAGCCACACAGGAAGAGCCAGCCAAUAACAGCUCGUGCUAUACGGUGUGUGGAGAGGGGGGAUGGAGCAGGUGUGGAGGCUGCGAUUCAAGCUGGAGCAUCAGUGGACAGGGUGGAGAGAGGUGGAUGGGCAGCUCUACAUCAUGCUGUAGCAAGUGGCAACAGUGAAAUGGUUCACCUUUUGCUGGCCUACUCUGCCAAUCCUGAUAUCAGGAGCAUGGCUCAGGGAGAGGAGGGAGCAACAGCCCUCCACCUGGCAGCCUGUACUGGCAACACCGCUGUCUUGAAGCUCUUGCUGGACAGUGGGGCAGACACAGAGGCAGUCGACCAGCGAGGCAAGACAGCUGUACACUGGGCAGCUCUACAAGGAAGAAUGGAAUCCCUGAAGAUCUUGCAAGAGAGCAACUGUAACCUAAUGGCACAGGUUAGCGGCCGGGGCACAGCACUCCAUUAUGCAGCUGCAUUCGGUGAUAUGGAGGUGGUGGAGUGGUUGGUAGAGCAAGGUGUAGACAUUUCAGGCAAGGAUAAAAAUGGACGGCUAGCAAAAGAUGUGGCCAAGAAGAAUGGUCACAUGCAUGUCCACCACCUCCUGAAGGAGCUGGCAAAGAGACAGCUAAGGAUUAGUAGGACCAGGAAACAGGAUCUUCCUGAUCAUGCAAGCAUACCUGUGCCCAACCCUCGACGAAGGACUCUCCGUGAUAAAAAAGUGCCAAGGCAAGAGUCCACAGUUAUGGAGGCAACCAGGAGCUCUCCCCAAAGAUCAGAGUCUCCCAUCACCUUCAAGAAGAAAGGAUGGAUGAUUCGCUCCUUGUCAGUUGGGAAUAAGAGUGGACUAAGACUCCAACUAGAAGAGAUGAAGUGGGAAAUGGCAGAAAUGGAGAAAGCUUUAAGAGCCAAAGAUGUCCAAAUUGCCCGUCUUCAGAGGGACAUAUUUACUACUGAGCUUGAAAAGGUGAGAUUGGAGGAGCAGAUGAAGGAGGUGAGAACACAUUCAGGACAAUGGCAUGAGUUAACUGAAGAGCAGCAGCAUUCAUAUCAGAAGGGGCCAUCUGACUCUGUCCACACCAGCUUGGAGACACAGCUACAGGAUAGAACCACUCUUCUACUUGAGUUGCAAGAGGUCAAAGCAAAGUUAGAAGAAGAAGAGCAUGCCAGAGCCAGUGAGAAGUAUGCUAAUGAGCUCAAGAUAGCAUCCCUCACCUCAGAGCUGGAUGAAGCUACACAGAAGCUAAAGAAAUAUGGAAUUCGUCAGAAGAAACUUCUUGGUAAAAGCAAAACAUUUGAAGUGGACCUUAUGGCUGCAGGAGUACCAUCUGGCCUCCCUGACCAGGGGGAUGCCGGUAUAAUGAACUCCAUUGUUCAAUGCCUCUAUAGCAUUGUCAUCUUUCGUGAUUACCUCACCAGUGAUGACUACAGACGGGAUGUUGUGUCACAGGAUGAGACGGUGGAGGCACUGGCUGGGGUGUUUAAAGCAUUGAAGGCUGGUGUGCAACCAGAGAUCCUUACCAAGAUGCACCACCUUAAGGGAGUUGUCAGGAGGCUGGAAAAGGCAUCCCAUGAUGGUCAUUUACAUGAUGCUCAUGAUCUACUGACCAGACUUUUGCCUUAUCUCCACCACAACAUUCGUCUAAAUGACAGGACCUCAUUGGUGUCACAGUUGUUCCUUGGGUCCCAGGAGCACAGGAUCACAUGUCGCUGGACAGGAAAGGAUGUAUCUCUUACAGCUGAAGACUUUUUUACCAUUCAUCUUGAUGUAACUGUAGAGAAAGAAACAUCUCUCCAGAACUUGUUGGCAGACCACUACCAGCCUCUAAAUACUGAGCAUGACUGUCCUCACUGCCUCAGGACUCACCAGUGUCGCAAACAGAUCAGUGUCACCUGCCUCCCUUCUGUCCUGAUUAUUCAUCUUGCCAGAAAAGGCAAGAGUGCCAAUGUCACCUUCCCUCCCUCCCGCUUCAUGUUACAUGAUAUCCUCAGAUGUGACAGUCCCUCAUAUGAGUUGUUUGGAGUUGUGAGUCUGCAGAAAGGCAACUCCCCUCAGUACAAAGCUUUCUGCAGGAAUCUACUAAACUCUAUGUGGUAUCUCUGCAGUGAUGAGAAAGUGCGUGUUGUCAAUAUUCAGAAUGUCUUGGAUCAACCCAAUGCACACAUUCUUUUAUAUUCUGCUGAGGUUGUUUAGUAGGUAAGAAAAAUUAAUCAUCUUUGAUGGAUUCAAAGAUAAUUGCCCUACAAAUAAUGUAAUGUUCUAUUUUAUAAAUGCAAAUGCACAUAUGAGAAGUCUCAUUUCUUUCAUGUUCCAGAACCAAGAUAUUGUAUUUUAAGAUUUGGAAAAAAAUCUUGAACAUUUUUAAUCUUGAAUAAGGGACUGUCAACAAACUAAUAAAAUGACAAGACUGGCAAAACCAUAAAAUGUAUUUGUUAGAGUCCCUUCAUAGUGCAAUUUGACUAUGGUCAACAAUAAUUCCAUGAAUUUCUUCAUGGUGUGGAUUAACUAGGUGAGCCAAUAGAAUAAGAUGGCUGACUGGUGAAAAAGUAACAAUUGACUUGGAAAAAUACAGCUAUAAUACCCAUUUUUUAGUGUAUAAAAAUCAUAAAACUUACAGAUUCUGGAAGUGCAUUGCAGUUUUCUAAAGGAAUAUUUUAUUACUUCCCAUUGUUGAGAGUAGUCAUGCAUUUGUGGAUUCCCAUUAAAUAUGAACAUGGUGCUAGUGUUGUAAUAAGUUCCCACAUACAUGUACAUGUUACAUGUGUCUGAUAAGAUCUCAGAGCUCUGAUAUCUACAUAUCUCGUGAUUUUUGUCAUGACCAAAAUUACAUUCUUCUUGUAAUUUGUCAUUAUAAUUAUGUCCUUUGAGGUCAAUAGUAAGUGUACAGUAAGUGCUUAUAUACAUAUAUUUUUGUAUUUCAAUUUCCAUGUAAAAGAAUUGCCUAUCUUCUAAAAGUUAUAUAGGUACCUUAAACUUUAUUUCAUUUUAUAUAGUUGAUCAAUUGUGUGUACGUAUAGCUAAGAAAUAAAUCUAGAAAUACUAA